ACUGCCUCCACGCAUAUACAAGCCGCAUAAAACAUUCUUCAAAGUUUACACAAAUACAUGAUACAAACCGCGACAGCCUCUUUUCGGUCAAGAACAUCUUUCACAGCCAACAGGUCUUGUUUGCACUAACGCGUAGCGAAUGGUUUGUGGCUUGCGGGGAAGUCCCCUCUGCCAAGUACGCACUCUUAAUGCUCCAGCGCCAGUUUCAGCUGGUGGUAGCGCCAGGAGCGUUGUCGUCAGCGCUGUGAAGCAGCGGUCAGGGGAGCUGCGCAACGAGUCGCACCGACGGGGUUCUAGAUAUGAGCCAUGCGAGCCGUCUACAAGCUCGCUGGCUGAUUUUGGCGCUCGUGUGACUUUGGAGCGGCUGUAUACCUGGAAUGCGUUGGAUGGAAUACCCAGUGGAGCACCACAGGGAGCAUUUCUGUUGUCGGUCAACGACCGUCCGCAACGCGCACGCAACCAGGAUCGCUCGGAGGACUACUUUGCUAACGUUGGCGAUGCCAUCCGCUGCUUGCGAGAGGAUGUCCCCUUACUGUUUCAGCGAGAGCUGAAUUAUGGCAUUUACCGGGACGACAUCGUCUUCAGAGACCCGCGCAAUUGCUUUAAGGGCAUGAAAAACUACCAGCUAAUUUUCUGGUCCCUGAGGUUCCACGGGAAGCUCUUCUUCAGGUCGCUGUACGUGGAUGUCCAGCGGAUAUGGCAGCCGGAGGACGGGGUUAUCAAAAUGCGCUGGACUGUCCACGGCAUUCCGCGCGUGCCGUGGGAGGCGGAGGGUACCUUCGAUGGCAUAUCGACGUACCGGCUUGACAGCCACGGCAAGAUCUACGAGCACUGUGUCGAUAACGUCCUCCUGCGCGACCCCCCCAUGGCCACAAAUCCGCCUCUCCUAGCGGGGUUGAACCUGCAGCCGCUGGUGCCCUCACAGCAGCCCGUACCAGGCGCUUGGUGCCAGGGCGCGGCGGAGGCGGACGCGCAGUGGGGCUCCUACGUGCAUCGCGUGGUGGCGUCCGCGCUGCAGGGGCUGGAGCAGGAGCCCGAGCCCACCGCCGCGGUGGCGGGGAUGCCACUCAGCCGCCCGCACUCGCAUGCAGCAGCAGGGGGGGCAGCGCACGCGGCGUCGCACACCGUGCAUGAUGGCAGGGCGGCGGCGCGGGGGCAGCAGCUGCAGAGCUGGAGCAGCAGCAGCGGCGCUGGCGGCCGCAGCAGCGGAGGCGGGAAUAGC